AACUCUGCUUUUUUUAGCACUCAAUCAAGUUGUCUAUGAAAUUUUCUGGGAGCCUCGUGAAGUGUCAAAUAAAUUAUAUUUCAAAUUUUGUUUAUUGGCGGCAACAAACGAACGAUAACAACUCACCAUGGUUGUUCCAAAAAGGUCUGCGACCCCAAUCACUUUCGAAAAAUCCGCAACACCAUCCAAACUCCCCCGACCAACUUCACGGAAGGCGCAACCAUCGCCACCGCUGAGUUCCCCGGCACGUGAUUUCAAACCACCAACCAGUGGUGCUGCUGCUGCCAAAACGCCUUCGAUCGCGGACGCUUCAUCCGCCAUAUUCGAUUUAAAUGGCCGCCGGGUCCGGAAGAACUCGAUGCAGGACGCGGUUACUUCCGCGUCCGUCGACUUGAAUCCUGAUACCACCAGCAGCAGUGUCACACCAAACGACGAGGAUCGGUGUGUUGACAUGGAUCAUCCGCCGCGGGAAGAUCACCUGCAACCGGAUGGCGAGGUCUUCACACUCCCAAAGCUUCGCCUCAACCGGGCAACUACUUUCCUCGGGAAGGCCAACGCUUCAAAGGAAGCGCCCGAAAAGGACUUGAUCGGGGACGGAAAUCUCGCAGUUUCCGACUACAUCCAGCAGCCCAGAGAGCAAACGCCCUCGAGUUCGACGACCAGCGAGCCCGAUGCCCAACUAAGGAGAGUCAUUUCCCAGUGCAGCUUCGUGAACAUAUGCCCCGGCGGGGAAUGUCGAAAAGAGGAUUCGCCACCUGCCGCCGGUGGCGGUCAAUGCUGCCCUUCUUACUGGGUGACUUUCCUGACUUGUCUUGUGAUGCUGCUGAGCACGGUGUCUUUGGCGAUCACACUGCUGGUAAGCUACGACCAUUUGAUGGCACUAUAUUACGCGUGGUUUCAUGAAGAUCUAACGCUGUCAUUGGAGGUGAGUGAGGGUCAUUUGGAGAGCUUUACCGAUCUGAUGUUGAAGUUUUGGGUGGCGCUGAAAAGGAUGAUCGGUUUGGAGGGAUGAUGGAAGAUGGGCGUCGUAUUUUUCAAAUCCGACGACAACUAAUAAGUAUGAAAUAUUUACUAAAUUCUAAAUAAAACAAGUUUGAUUUUCUC